AUGAAUUCUGGUUUUACUAUGGUGAAAUUCAAAGAUGAAGCAACGCGUGAUCUAGUUUUGGAGUCAGGUGUGGUGCAUUUUGAUAAGAAACCAGUUGUUCUCCGUCCAUGGACUGCUGACAUUGAAUCCUUCAAGUCCAUUAAAUCAGUGCCUGUGUGGAUCCGGUUACCUGAUCUAGGAUUGCAAUACUGGGGAGUGAAUUGUUUGAGUUCUCUUUUUAGCACAAUAGGUAAGACUAUAAUGAUUGACAAAAUAACCAAGGAUCGGUCAAUGAUAAAAUUUGCUUGUAUCUUAGUUGAGAUGGAGAUAGCUGAUAAUCUUUUGAAAUUCAUUAGUUAUUUCAAUAAGAAGGGUCAAAUUAUGGAACAAAUUAUAGACUACGAAUGGUUGCCAACUAAAUGUAGUAAUGGUAAGAAAUUGGGACACUCAGUAACAUCGUGUAAGUAUGUCUCUGAAGCUGUUUGGAGGUAG